GAAAUGGAAAAACUCGUGAAGAAAGGGCUUGUUAAAUCUAUCGGUCUCUCCAACUGUAACAGUCAACAAAUCAGGAGAAUUUAUGAUUCUGCAACAAUAAAACCUGCUGUACUUCAAGUGGAGUGCCACGCAUAUUUACCGCAGUUUGAGCUACAGGAUUUUUGUAAGAUUUUGGGCAUAGCCUUCACAGCAUACGCACCCUUAGGAUCACCAUAUAGGGCUCCAGGUGAUGAAGAAGUUCGUUUACUGGAUGAUCCGAGUUUGAAACCUUUAUGCGAGAAACAUGGAAAAACACCCGCGCAGGUCUUAUUACGUUACUUGAUCCAAAGGCGCAUUAUAGUUAUACCGAAGAGCACUAACGAGAAGCGGUUAAAAGAAAAUAUUGAUGUAUUUGAUUUCACAUUACAAGAACCCGACAUGGACGCAUUAAAGUGCAUUGAUCGUCGUCGGAGAUAUUUUUCUUUUGCAAGACCAACAGGGAUACCAGAUCAUCCGGAAUAUCCUUUCAACAUUCCAUAUUAAUCUAUGCCAUUCUAGGACAUUAUGUCAUGCUCGCUUUUGCUCGGACUUUUUUCAGCUUCACCAAAAUUGUGAUUUUUAGGAUAAAUAGGCUUUAGCACAAAAAAAGGAACUGUGAUUUUCAGCAAAUUUAAAAUGUUUUGUUCUCUCUUUAACCUGCCAUAUACGGUUUUGCUUCAUUUAGAAUGUAUUUAAAUUCAUUCAGUAACUAACAGCUUUGUUAAUUUUAAAUCACAUGUUCUAAGUGAAAUGAUUGUCUCUUUUCUCUCUGUGAUAUAAUAAAACAGUCUGAAUUCCUCCUGAUAUAAAUUAGUCAAAAUAAAAUGUUAUUAACUAUC